AUGUUCAGUGCUGCCAGCCUCAAGCGCCAGUACUCAGACCUUCGGGUCAUUGGAGACCGCCUCCGGCUUCAACAGUCCGUCAGCAUAAAACUUCACCGAUGGUACUCCGAUUUCCUUCACAAUGAGUACGACUUUGACCAAGACCCCCGGUUCAACGCCCAUGUGGAAAAACUCCUCGAAAAGCAUCAGCUGGACCCGGAACUAUGGAGUCUCACCAAGCGGGUGGCAGACCUACCACUCCUGGUAACUAUUCCUGAAUACUUUAACCCCAUGACUUCCAGUCCUAAACCCAUUAUGCAACCAUUCGACCCUCGCUUCACGCUAUCGGUAUACUUCCAAUGGAUGAAGCACCAUGUGAAUGAGCCGGUGGUGUUCCACUGGAGUGACUGGGUGGACUUGUCCAAGCUCACACCGCUUGUGUUCAACAACGGUCAAAUAAACAAAUGUGAAGAUAUGUUUGACAUCAGCGGCAACGAAGAGUUGAUAAGAGACAGUGAGAUCCGUCACAUCAAUGACUACUGUCAUAACUACUUUGCUACCACUUUGGGUUACAAGAUAACAUCUGCUGCUGGUCCACAGACUAUCGAAAAUAACGAACUUAUAGGCAAGUCGUUUUUGUACACGACGUUCGAGCCUCCCACCAAGUUGGUGUUGAUGAACGAUGACGGCUUGUACGAGGUUCCUGUUUCGAAUCGGAACAACAACAUGAAAUAUAGUCUUUUGAACAACAAAUACGUUGAAAAGUUAAAAUUAUCGGGACCGGUUGAGGUCACCUCCAGCUAUAAGGCCAUGGUCAAGGCGUGGGGGACGCCGACGAUUCAACUCCCACCCGUGAAAAAGGAGGUGAAACUCGAUAAAACCAUGUUCAUGUUUGACGCAAAGGACAAGAUUAAGCAGCUCCGGGCCGUGAAAAAAAGAACUCUUAACCAGGACAUGUACUUGAACUCAUUGGAGGUGUCAAUAAAAGAAGGCGAGCCUCCCAAAUACUUCCAUGAGGCCAAGUUGCUACAGAGCUAUAAAGAGCAUUGGUUGGGUGAGCACUACGAUUGGAGGUUUUUCAACGGGUUGACGGUGGGCAAGGGUGAGCAAAUGAUCUCGUUGUGCAAGUUGAUCAAAGCAUACUUAGACUUGUGUAUCACCGAGGGUCUCGUGACGUGGAUAGCCCACGGGUCGUUGUUGAGUUGGUACUGGAACGGGCUGAUUUUCCCAUGGGACACCGACUUGGAUGUGCAGAUGCCUAUAGCCGAGUUGAAUAAGCUUGCUGAGCGAUUCAACCAGAGCUUGGUGGUGGAAAAUGUCAUGAAAAAUGGCCAGUUCAGCGGCAUGGGUAAGUAUUUUGUGGAUGUGGGCUCAAGCAUCACCUACAGAGAAAAAGGUAACGGCAAUAACAAUAUUGAUGGCCGGUUCAUCGAUACCGACACCGGGCUUUACGUGGACAUCACCGCGUUGGCCAUCACCAAUACCCUUGCCCCCACCCAGUACGACCUGUUGCCAGCCCCUGAAUUCGCUGAAGUCACGGGUCAGGAAAACUUCCACUUGAACCUCAAGCAUGGCCUUGCCAACUGCCGAAACGACCAUUUUGUUAAAGUGGAUGAGGUGAAUUUACUCAAACCCAUUCAUUUUCAGGACCAAACAAGUUAUCUUCUGACAAAUUUUCUCAUUAUGAUUAACAACGAAUACGAGCUUCUGUCAAUGACAGAGAAGAACUACCGGGACUACAUCUACUUGAAGAAUUUCCGGAUCUGGGUCAAUACCCAAAACAUCCUCGACUACAUGAAAAAUAGUGACGAGUGGGUUGCACAGCAGAACGGGCAGGUCCAGGCUCGGGAAGACGUUGGGGAAUCAUCCCUGGAGGUGGAAGGGGAAGGAGAUGAGAAUGAGAAACGGGUGGUGGGAGCUCUUGAGAAGCUCCAGAUCAAUAAGCUUGGAUAUAAUGACUACUUUAAUCUCUUGGAAGAUAAGACCAUACUCAAGGAUUACUUAAUUAACCGCAACAAUUCAGCCAACCAUCAGGAAGAAUUGGAUAAGCUCAUGUACUCGCGGGACACGGGAGACAGCCUGAAGUUUUUGGAAAACAACUUCAUCAUGGACCUUUUUAUCAACCGGAUAUAUGAGACUGGGUGGAAUUAUGACCAAGAAGUUAAUAAGAUGGUUGGUCUUUCACAACUUAUGAAUAAGCCUGAGAGGGCUAUCACUGGUAGGAGUACAGGUAAGAGAGUCUGA